AUGCGCCCGCUCGGCUGCCGUAGUUCGCGUUUCCACCUGGUCGCCCGGCGGCUAUGGCGGCCGUUCCGAAGCCGGUGCUGCUGGGACUUCGAGAUGCGCCGGUGCACGGCAGCCCCGCAGGGCCGGGCGCCUGGACUACUAGCAAGCUGGGCGGCAUUCCGGAUGCUCUGCCCACCGUGGCAGCGCCCGGGCCCGUGUGUCAGCGCUGUGGGGAGCGGCUCGCCCUGGUCGUGCAGGUGUACUGCCCGCUGGAAGGCUCCCCGUUUCACCGGCUGCUGCACGUGUUCGCCUGCGCCUGCCCCAGCUGCAGCACCGGCGGUACGCGCAGCUGGAAGGUGUUCCGCUCCCAGUGCCUGCAGGUGCCAGAGAGAGAGGAUCAAGACGCUCAGAAACAGGAAAACAGCCUUGUAGCUGAGGACUGGUGUGAAGGUGCAGAUGACUGGGGAAGUGACACUGAGGAGCUGCCUUCACCGCAGCUUACCUUGGAUUUUGGGAAUGAUGCCAACAGUGCCAAAGACGUAGACUGGACUACUCAGCUGCAAGACCUCCACCUGCAGGAUGCUGUCCUGGGUGCUGCCCCUCCUGCGCCUCCAGGGGAGCAGAUGGCCUUGCCUCCUGGGAUGCCACCAUUCCUGCCCUACUACAUCUGUGUUGCAGACGAAGAUGAUUACAGGGACUUUGUCAACCUGGAUCAUGCCCACAGCCUUCUGAGGGACUAUCAGCAGAGAGAAGGAAUUGCCAUGGAUCAGUUGCUUUCCCAAAGCCUUUCUAAUGAUGGUGAUGAAAAAUAUGAGAAGACUAUAAUUAAAAGUGGAGAUCAGACAUUUUACAAAUUCAUGAAGCGAAUUGCUGCUUGUCAGGAACAGAUUUUGAGGUAUUCGUGGAGUGGAGAGCCACUGUUUUUGACCUGCCCUACAUCAGAAGUCACCGAACUCCCCGCCUGCAGCCAGUGUGGAGGCCAAAGGAUAUUUGAGUUUCAGCUUAUGCCAGCGCUGGCCAGCAUGCUCAAGAGUGCUAAUUUAGCGGCAAAUCUGUAG